UGAAUUCUUUGUGGUGUUUUCACUUGUCAGAACAGGCAGAGCCACAACAUCAGCAAUACAGAGAAAUGCAGGAGCAGGGACAGAAUCAGAGAGAGUGUCAAAGCGUGAAGAGUGAGGGCAACAGAGAAACACUGUGGUUUUCAAGAGUUUGAAUUUCAGAGAAAUUCACAAGACGGAUCAGCGAGAGAGGGGGAGCUAGAGAAAAAGAGAGAGAGAGAGAGACAUCGGCUGAGGGGUGUGUCAUAGCAACUUAGUUCCUCAAGGAAGUAGAACUCAACAUUAUCUUAAGACAGGGUGGCAGGACUGACAGAAGCGCUGCAGGAGGUCUGUUUCUGUGAGGUUCCCAUUCUACCUGUGAUGAAGAUGAAGGGAUCCCAUUAAAGCCAGUGGCCGGUGCCGUCAGCCUAAAAGACAGAGCAGAGGGAAAAGCAAAGCCAGCACACACCAGGAGGGAGGGGGACUCAGGCAAACAUGGACGCCUUCAGCUCCAAGGAAAUGGCCAUGAAGGCACAGAAAAAGAUCCUCAGCACAAUGGCUACCAAGAGUUCUGUGCAAAUGUUCAUCGACGACACGACCAGCGAGAUCUUGGACGAACUGUACCGUGUCUCCAAAGAGUUCUCUGGAAACAAAUCAGAAGCUCAGAAAGUGAUCAAGGACCUGGUGAAAAUAGCCGUGAAGAUCGGCGUGCUCUUCAGAAACAACCGCUUCAACACAGAGGAGUUGGGAGUGGCUCAAGAAUUCAAGAAAAAGCUGCGCACAGGGGCCAUGACAGCCAUCAGCUUCUACGAGGUGGACUUCACCUUUGACAAGGCCGUCAUGGAGGAGCUUCUGACCAGCUGCAGGGACCUGCUGCUGAAGCUGGUUCACAGCCACCUCACCCCUAAAUCCCAUGGUCGCAUCAACCAUGUGUUCAACCAUUACUCGAACCCAGACCUCUUGACCAAACUGUAUGAACCCAGUGGCCCCUUUCGUCCUCACCUUGUAAAGAUCUGCAAAGGACUCAACAAACUGGUGGAGGAUGGGACAAUAUGACGAGAGCAGGAUUUUUUUUCCAGGUAGACACUGGGACGUCUAGUAGCAGACUUAACUGUUGGACAAAAUUGGUCUCACUGUUACAGGACCGGCAACAUAAGACAAGAGAUUUAAGAACAAAAGACUUUGUCGUCCUCAAACAAUAGGAGCAGUAGAAAUAAAGUUGGUUGGGUCAUUGGUCAGGUUGUGCUCAUCUACAUUAUGACACAUACAUUUGUUUUCACAAAUAUAAGAUAAAAAUAGAAUUAAAUAGGUUUGACUAUGAAUUGUCAUUUUAUUAUAAAAUGUCCAGUAGGAUUAUGACGUCAUAUAAUGUAUCAACUGCUCGUGUCUUGUAUAGAAGACAGGAGCAGAUCAAGCAGAAACAACGCCACGGUGAUGCAGCACUGCCACCCGGUGGUGGUUGAGCUGCUGCUUCAGAAAGUCAGUGUAAUACGACGCAUCCGAAAGACAAAAGCUGCCAACAAUAAAGCGAACAGGCGAACAGAGAACAACGCAUGAUGUCACUGAUGAUGACACU